CACAAACCAACUCGACAACCAGACUGGCCAGGCUGGCAGCACAACACAAACCAACUCUACACCGCACGCCCAACCGCUGCCCCCAGCGAGCUCCGAUCCGACCGCCCGCCCGCCGUCGCAUUCCCCACCGCAGUCGUAUCGGCCCCCGUGCUGCCAGCGCGAGCGCGCAGGGAGGACCGGCCGGCCCGCAGCCAUGCCCAGCUCGCCCAAGGUCUUCUUCGCCUCCGCCUCCUCCCGCCGCGCCGGGGCGCUCCGCCGGCUGCUCGCCUCGCCGGCCUUCUCCGCCGCCUGCCUCCUCUUCGGCCUCGCCGGGUUCCUCUCCGCCGCCCUAACCCUCUCCCGCUCCCCGGCCGCCGCCUCCGCGCGCUGCCCGGACUCCUCCCGCCCGCUCUCCGUCUCCGUCGCGUGGGACCGGAGGCCCGGGGAUGGCGCGGGGGCCGCCGAGCUCCCAGCCUCGCUCGCCACGGGAUCGCGCGGGAGGCACAAGGUCAUGGCCUUCGUCGGGAUCUUCACUGGGUUCGGCUCCAUAGGGCGGCGGCGCGCGCUGCGGCGGACGUGGCUCCCAGCAGAUCGGCAAGGUCUACUUCGAUUGGAGGAAGCUACUGGUCUGGCAUUCCGGUUCGUGAUUGGGAAAAGCAAUUCCAAGAAUAAGAUGGCUGUUCUUGAAAGAGAGGUUGAAGAAUAUGAUGAUUUUGUGCUUUUAGAUCUUGAGGAGGAGUAUAGCAGGCUCCCAUACAAAACGUUAGCUUUCUUUAAGGCUGCCUAUGCAUUGUUUGAUUCUGAUUUUUAUGUCAAAGCUGAUGAUGACAUUUACUUGAGACCAGAUAGACUUUCCUUGCUUCUGGCUAAGGAACGGUCGCACCCACAAACAUAUAUCGGAUGCAUGAAAAAGGGGCCUGUUUUUACCGAUCCAAAGUUGAAAUGGUACGAGCCACAAUCCCACUUACUUGGAUCAGAAUACUUCCUUCAUGCAUAUGGGCCUAUUUAUGCUUUGUCAGCUGAUGUGGUGGCAAGCUUGGUUGCUUUGAGAAACAACAGUUUCCGUAUGUUUAACAAUGAGGAUGUUACUAUCGGAUCCUGGAUGCUUGCUAUGAACGUCAACCAUGAGAACACGCAUGCACUUUGUGAACCUGACUGCACGGAGUCCUCAAUUGCUGUUUGGGAUAUUCCAAAAUGCUCAGGGCUAUGCCACCCAGAGGUAAAAAUGCUAGAGCUUCAUCAAAGAAAAGAAUGCACAGGUGGUCCAACUGAGGCAGCUGAGGUGUCCGAGGACCGAUGAGUUCUUCGUUUGGACACAAACUUUGGAUCCGGUGACAUGAUGACAGGAUAGUUGACCUCUGCCUUCUGAAUAGAAUUUUGGAUUAUUCAUAGGAUUCAUCAGGUACAAUCAUUGCGGGGGCACUACUCAAGAAAUCUAUAUUGGCCUGGUUCAGGCGUCAUAACCUAGCAUUCUAGCACGGCAUUCACACUCUACAUUCGUAUCGCAUUUAUUUGCUUUUUGCUACAGAGGUAUGCCCGUCAUUGGGAAUGCUCAUCCGGUCUCAUAGAAAAAGGAAUUUUGUUGUAUAGAAUGCAUUACCAGUUGACACACAAUACACCUUUUUCUACUGCGACUAUGAAAGUAGCGCUUUCUGAUUGAUA